CCUGCUUCCCCUCGUCGUCCACCCCGCCGCUCGUCCUACACCCACCACACCGUCGCGACCCCCAGCAUCUAAGCAAACAUGCGUUCCAAGUUCAAGGAUGAGCACCCGUUCGAGAAGCGCAAGGCAGAGGCCGAGCGCAUCAGGCAGAAGUAUCCGGACAGGAUACCUGUCAUUUGCGAGAAGGCAGACAAGACCGACAUCCCUACGAUUGACAAGAAGAAGUACUUGGUACCAUCAGAUCUCACCGUGGGCCAGUUCGUAUACGUUAUACGCAAGCGUAUCAAGCUCGCACCAGAGAAGGCGAUCUUCAUCUUCGUCGACGAGGUCCUGCCCCCAACGGCGGCGCUGAUGAGUGCUAUCUACGAGGAGCACAAGGAUGAGGACGGCUUCCUCUACGUCAGCUACUCGGGAGAGAACACCUUCGGGUCGCGGUGAAUGCCCCCGCGCCUGUCUAUAUAUCCCUCGCCUUCUCUCGCAGCUUGCCUCGUUGGGUCUCAGUUUCAUCCAUUUGUCGUAGCGGCGCUCAGCAGACGCGGACUCCAGCAGCAUAGAUACCGGCCGGGUGCAUGUACGGGGCUCUCUCUUUCUCACCUUCUCCCUUUCCCCGCAGACACCCAUCCGGCGCAGUCGUCGCUCGCCGUUGCGGCCACCCCUCCCCUCUUGCCUCGUGUCUCCAGAUGAUCGUAUGCCGGAAUCGAUAUCUCCCGCCGUCCCGUUUGCUUCUUCCGGAUGGCGCAUUGUAUUUUAUGUCAGCUUGUAUCUUCUCAGAGCGCAGUCGUCGAAUGGAAUAAUGAUACGUGUAUAAGGACUCAU